AUGGCGGAGAAGACAAAUACUCAGUACGAGGAGGCCGAGCUCGCUCACCCUCGAAGUGACGAUGAGAAACAUGCCGAAGUUGGAGUCAAAGUCGUUCUUGGAAAUGAGACAUUCAACGAGGCCAUGCUCAAGGAGCCCCCCAAGGCUUUUACUUGGUCGACAAUCCAACUCUACACUGCUUGUUUUAUCGGAUUUUUCUGUGCUACCAUGAACGGUUACGAUGGAUCGCUUAUCAACAAUCUACUUGUCAACCCUUGGUUUCUCGAAUUCUACCACGGUGAAAAUGCUGGAAUCUGGGCCGGUAUCGUUACUUCCAUGUACCAAAUUGGUGGUGUAGUUUCAUUACCAUUCGUUGGACCCGCAGCCGAUACUUUCGGACGAAGAUUUGGAAUGUGGCUCGGAUGUCUCUGCAUUAUUCUCGGUACGAUCAUUCAAGGAGUUGCAACCAGAGAAGCAGGUGUAAGACAGUUCAUGGGUGGUCGUUUCUUGCUUGGUUUCGGUGUCAACAUCGCUUCCGCCGCUGGUCCCAUGUAUGUUGUUGAGGUUUCUCACCCAGCAUACCGUGGUGUAGUUACAGCUAUCUUCAAUUGCUUUUGGUUCACUGGAUCAAUUAUUGCUAGUGGAGUAGCUCGUGGAGCAAGCAACAUUGGAGGCGACGAAUCAUGGAGACUGAUCAUUUGGAUCCAAUUGAUGUUCUCCAGUAUCAUCUUCAUUUCCGCUUACUUCCUUCCCGAAUCCCCAAGAUGGCUCUACGUCAAUAACAAACGCGAUCAAGCCAAGAAGAUGCUUACCAAAUACCACGGAGAAGGAAAUACAGACAGUGUAUGGGUCAAAUUGCAACUCAACGAAUACGAAGAACUUUUGGAAAUGGACGGUGCCGACAAGCGUUGGUGGGAUUACAGAGCGCUUUUCAAGAACAAAUCGACUUGCUAUCGUCUCUUCUGUAACGUCAGUAUCACGAUCUUUGGUCAAUGGGCCGGAAAUGCCGUCUUGUCAUAUUUCAUGGGCAAAGUUCUUGAGACCAUCGGUAUUGACAGUGCUAUCGGCCAAGCAAACGUCAUUCUAAUCAACAAUUGUCAACAAUUCUGCUGGGCUCUCUUCGGUGCCGCAAUGGUUGAUCGUAUUGGUCGUCGUCCUCUUCUCCUCUUCUCUAACAUUGGCUGUUGUGUAGUCUGGCUCGCCAUGACCGUUUCCGCUGCCCUCUACCAAGAAUCCAUUCCGGACCCCUCAAACCCCAAAUCCGUCGGCACCAACCACGCAGCCGGUACCGCCUCCCUCGCUUUCAUCUUCAUCUUCGGUGCCGUCUACUCCGUCGGUUUCACACCUCUCCAAGCCCUCUACCCCGUCGAAGUCCUCUCCUUCGAAAUGCGCGCCAAGGGUAUGGGAUUCUCCGGUUUCGCCGUCGCAGCCGCCGGUCUCCUCAACCAAUUCGCAUGGCCCGUCUCCAUGCAAAAGAUCGGCUGGAAAACCUACAUCAUCUUUACCAUUUGGUGUGCGGUUCAAUCGACUGUUGUGUGGUUCUUUAUCCCAGAGACCAGAAAUCGUACCUUGGAGGAGUUGGAUGAGAUUUUCAACAGUCCCAAUCCUGUCAAGACAUCGAUUGCGAAGAAGAGAUUGGGUUUGGAUGCGUAUGGUGAGGUGGUUAAUAUUCAAGAUGCUUAA